AUGCCUCAGGACAUGCCGCCCACGGGCGGCUACGAGCCAGUCCAGUACAAACGCAACCUCCCCGCCCGCGGCUUCCGACCGUCCGUCUACCUCUUCGGCGUGGCCGCGCUCAUGACGUAUGGGUUCUACAAGGUCGGGAAGGGGAUUAGGGAGCAGAAUGAGCUCGCGAGAGAGAAGAUGUGGUCGCGCAUAUAUCUCAUACCGCUAUUGCAGGCAGAGGAGGACCGAGACUUGGUGAGGAGGACGCUGGCGGAUCGGGCGAGGGAGAAGGAGUUAUUGGGCAGUGAGACGAAGGUCUAUAACAGCGACAGAUUCGUCCGACCGACGUUUGCGAUUUCUCCGAGUAGCGUUACGAAAUGA